AUGGCUUCGUUCAAGGAAUUAUCUCUCUCGCGACCUCUCCCUCAAACCAACCCUCGUCACCACUCGCACUCUCAUUCCAUUUCUCUCGGAGCGGUCAAUUCGAAUCACCGGGUGACUCGUCGAAAGAGUGUCACCACCGCCGCCGCCGCGAACGCUGCCGCCGUCGCCGUGGCCGCCUCCUUAAAGGAUACUAACGGGGAACCGAUUGGGAUGCCGGUGACUUCUCACCGUCGGGGCAGCGCUAGGAGGGGCUUAGAGUCCAGCUCGGUCGGCGCCCUCUCCGGCUUCGGCCACUAUCUCUCGCGGAGCAUGAACAGCCCGAGCCAAGAACCACCGGUCGCUCGCAAGGCCUCCCCUACUCACUCCAACUCCAACCCUGCCGCUGCGACGGCGGCCGCCACCACCACCACCACCACCGGCGAGGACGAAAGUAGCUCGGAUAGCAAACCCCUUGGCACCAAGAGUCGAAAUCGUCGGGCCAGCGAAGGGUCACACCUGGUUAAGGGUGAAGGGAAGCGUACUCUGGCCGAGCUUCGCUGCGAGCGCUGUGGGAAAGGGUAUAAGCAUGGCAGCUGCUUGUCCAAGCAUAUGUGGGAACAUGAUCCGGCGUGGGCCAUUACCUCGAAACUCCUGAUCUCCAAACACCAGCAAGUUCAGCUGUUGGAGGCAGCUACCGUUCUGGUGAACAUGAAUCUUAUCGGCCCUUCAGACAUUCCCGAGGCCGACUCGGAGGCGUCCUCUGCAUCUCCCGAUGCGUCAUCUGAACUCCGUGACGGCCUCAGUUCGGCGGAGACGACCCCUCCCCCGAUGGAUGAGGACGACGACGACGAAGACGAUGACAUGGAAAUGUCCGGCAUGCCUGCAUUCCCGAGCAAGAGGUUCAGUGUCGGCAACGCAUCGGGUCCCUUUUCACACUCUUACCAGUCCAUUCCCUCGAGCUCCUACAACGACAGCGCUCCCUUGCACUCGCCUGCCUUCUCUCACUUCCGUCACUCCAGCAUCGACACCCGACCAUCGACCGCCGAAGCCAAGUUGCACGAAGAUGACGAGGCGGAUUUGGCCGCUGCUAUCGGCCUGUGCAAUUUUGGCACGCCACGUACAGGACCUGUACCGAUGUCCCCAAGCAUCCCACCAGUACCUCCACUCCCGACUCGUUACCUCGACCAGAGCAACGGUGCCGGCAGCACCAGCCAAAGUCUAAACCAAUCCGGUGAUGGCAAGAUGGCCUCGUCUCUCGCCAAUUCUACGCCUAACCUUUUCCUCUCCGUGUCCUUCAAUCCCUCUCUCUCGUACAAGGUUUCGGACGAGCGCGAGGUGCGGAUGGGGGAUGCGGAUCGCGUACAACGACAAACCCGCAACGCGGAUGUCGACUUUAGCAACCGCCCCGCUCACGCAGAUGAUGAUGACGAUGGCGUCUUUGGUCGUAUGGAAGAGUAG